AUGAAGAACCACUCAAUCCCCAUCAGUAUACUAGAUACUGAUCUAUACAAAUUAACGAUGCAAUCUGUAAUCUUAACAAACUUCCCAACUUCAAAAGUCUCUUAUGUUUUUAUUAAUAGAUCAAAUGAUGAAAGGAAACUAAUAUCAAGAAAUUGUUUUGAAAAAAUCAAAUCCAAAAUCAAUCAACUUGAACAUCUUAAAUUAACAAAAGAAGAAAAGAAUUGGUUAGAAAUCAGUUGUCCAUACUUUACAACUUCAUACUUGGAUUAUUUAUUUAAUUUCAAAUUCAAACCACAAGACCAUAUCAAACUACAACUGAUCAAUCAAGACUCAGAAAUCCAAGGCUUAGGAGAACUAGAGAUCAAGAUCUCAGGUCUUUGGUCCGAAACCAUUCUAUACGAAGUUCCAAUCAUGUCAAUCAUCAGUGAAACUUAUUUCCAAACCAUGAAUCCAACUUGGUCAAAUAAAACUCAAUUCAUCCAAUCGGUAGGAAAAUCAAAAACACUUCUUACUCAAGGUUGUAAGUUUGUUGAGUUCGGUACGCGUCGUAGAAGAUCAUACGAAACCCAAGAAAUCGUUAUCCAAGCACUACUCAAAGGUGUUUCUCAAACUGAUCAACAUCAAGAAAAUGGCGCUUUCUUGGGCACUUCUAAUGUUCAUUUCGCUAUGAAAUUUGGUUUGAAACCGAUCGGUACUAUCGCUCAUGAAUUCGUUAUGGGAAUCGCUGCGCUUAAUGGCUAUCAUCAAUCUAAUUUAUUAGCAUUAGAUCUUUGGGAAAAAAGUUUUGGAAACCAACCUAAUUUAUUAGUAGCCAUCACUGAUACAUUCACAACUGGUGCGUUUUUUAAAGAAUUCGAAUCAGACCUUGAUCGAAUGAAUCGUUGGACAGGUUUAAGACAAGACAGUGGAAACCCCAAAGAAUUUGUUAAAUUAGUUAAACAGCUUUGGAUCAACUUAGGCAUCGAUCCUAAAUCAAAAUUGAUUGUUUUUUCGGAUGGAUUAGAUGUUCAGAAGUGUUUAGAAUUACAUAAGUUUUGUAAAGAAGAAGGUGUGAAUGAAUCAUAUGGAAUAGGCACGCAUUUAACAAAUGAUUUCCAACAACUUGAUGAGAAUGGUAAGGAGAUUGGUCCUUCCAAAGCUCUUAAUAUCGUGAUUAAAUUAUCAUCUAUAGAUGAUCAUCCAUGUGUUAAACUAUCAGAUGGUAAGUGA